UCCCUGUUUUUUUGGUUUCUUGUUUCUUGACGUGCCCCUGUGAUAAUUUUAUAUACCCCAACACAUAUUUUAUUUCAUCAAAGUGUAUAAUCAGUAAAUUAAAAUUACAUUUAACAAUAAGUAUAUAUAUAUAUAUUUAAAUAAUUGUCAUGGCAGCCCAGUGGAUAAGAAAAGUUGUCUCGCCGACAAUUGGGGGUGUACGAUUAUACAGUGGAGGUCUUAAAAAAUGCACCCUAAUACCUGGUGACGGUAUUGGACCUGAAAUAUCAGCUGCUGUCCAAAAAAUAUUUGAUGCUGCCAAGGUGCCAAUUGAAUGGGAAUCAGUUGAUGUAUCACCUGUAAAAGGACCAGAUGGAAGAUUUGGAAUACCACAAGCAGCAAUUGAUUCAGUUAAUAGAAAUAAAAUUGGAUUAAAAGGACCAUUGAUGACACCAAUUGGCAAAGGCCACAGAUCACUUAAUCUUGCAUUGAGAAAAGAAUUCAAUCUUUAUGCUAAUGUCAGACCAUGUCGUUCACUCGAGGGUUAUAAAACACUUUAUGACAAUGUCGAUGUUGUUACAAUUCGUGAAAAUACUGAGGGUGAAUAUUCUGGUAUUGAGCAUGAAAUUGUUGAUGGUGUUGUACAAUCAAUUAAGCUUAUUACUGAAGAAGCAUCACGUAGAGUUGCUGAAUUUGCAUUUCAAUAUGCAACUGAUAAUAACAGAGCUAAAGUAACAGCUGUACAUAAAGCAAAUAUCAUGAGAAUGUCAGAUGGUUUAUUUUUACGAUGCUGUCGUGAAGCUGCACAAAAAUUUCCAAAUGUUAAAUUUGAAGAAAGAUAUUUAGAUACUGUUUGUUUGAAUAUGGUACAAGAUCCAAGUCAAUAUGAUGUACUUGUUAUGCCAAAUCUUUAUGGUGAUAUUCUUUCUGAUAUGUGUGCUGGUCUUGUUGGUGGACUUGGUCUUACUCCAAGUGGAAACAUUGGACUCAAUGGUGCACUAUUUGAAUCUGUCCAUGGAACAGCUCCAGAUAUUGCUGGUCAUGAUAAAGCAAAUCCCACUGCCCUUUUAUUAUCAGCAGUGAUGAUGUUGAAAUAUAUGGGACUAAAUGAUCACGCUAGAAUCAUUGAACAUUCAGCCUAUGACACCAUCAAAGAAGCUAAAUAUUUAACUGGUGAUCUUGGUGGCAAUGCUAAAUGCAGUGAAUAUACAAAUGAAAUCUGCAAAAGAGUUAUGGCUCAAACUAAGUAAAAUCAUUAAUAACACAUCAAUAAUAAUAAUAACAAAAAAAAUAAAUAAAAACCGAU